AUGGAACGCGGUAAGGUAGAGAUAGUUUCGGCAGAUGAGUUAAGUGAAGUAGAUUCAUCUUUCAACCAACAAGAAAGUCCGCGUUUCCCUCCAUGGACGAGUUCACAGAUCAAUGCAAUGAUUUUGCCUCAAACUCGCAACAUUUGUGAUAAUACACAGAUGGCGACUUUAAAUGACGAAAUGUGGAAUGGACGCGAGACUAGACCGUCAGCGCCAUUGUUAACAUCAAUGUCAGAACCGAAUAUGAGACAAAUUCAGCAAUGUGACACAAACCGGACACAGGAAACUGACAAACUGGACCGGCUAUUAGAGUUAUUUACAGACAUGAAACGAGACGUUAGUCAGAAAAUUGACAUAUUAAACCAUACUAUGACCGAAAAUUUUGAACGGACGACAAAACAGAUGACAGAAUUAAAUAACACCACUCAACAGCUCGGCCAGCGAUUUGAGACACUGUCCGAUCGAGUCACUAAACAGGAAGAAACCUUGGUUACAUUCACACACGAAACAAAAAACAAUAUCAACCGAUGUGAGACUCAGUUAACUCAAAUAGUUAAUGUGCAGCAGGAAGUGAACACUCGUGUGGAAGAGUUAGCUCAGGCCCACACUUCAGCUAGCUCCACCCAAGAAAAGCUGACUGAAGAAGUGGGAAAUAUUACCCAACAACUCACAAUGGUAGUUCUCGAACAAACCCACCUCAAAGAAAAGAUAGAAAAAUUAGAAGAACGAGCGGACCUCGCGUCACUAAACAAUGACACCAACAUGGCCGAAAGAAUUGUACACGAAUGUAAAUUGUGUGACGACUAUCUGGACAAAAAACUUGAAACAAUUACACAGGACAUACUUUCAAAAACAAAGACACAUGUUAAAGACGGGCCAAAAACCACAGAAGAAGAAGUGACAAAAUUACGAGACAAUGUUGUGCCGUGUUUGGCGAUUGGUGCAAACGCAUCGCUAGGAAACGACAAAACAGCUAAAACCAUGGCUAAUGACACAGACAGAACACCUAUUGUGAAAUCACCUAUUUCCAAUCAAAAUUACAAUGUGCCGCUUUCUUUUCCACCAAACGAGCAAUAUUACGAUCAAAUGGACGUAGUUUACAGAGGCGAUUCACACCAUUCAAAUUUUAUUCAUAUUAGUAAACAAAAUCAGCACCCACCCCAAAGGAACUGUAGUGACGGUGGUUGGUGGAACCAUACGUCCGCGCCGCGACACAAUACGAUGCCUGCGCGCGAAACAUAUUCAAAUGGAAACGUGUAUGACAGUAGGAACAACCGCAGAUAUUCGUGGAAUAAUAAUAAUAACAAUAAUUAUCACCCAUAUCAAAAUGGUAACUACAAGCAAAAUGAAAAUUACAGACAGUACAACAGCAACAACAAUAGGAGACGUGAGAAUAACCGGUACAACCCGGGCUACUUUGACAGGAACAUGACAUAUAACAGACAUAAUUACCACCAAAACAAUAGCAAUCCCAACAAUCACCGACAUAAUAUGUGGAACACACAAAAUUCACGCAUGACAAAUCAUAACUCUCCACGGAAUCCGCCCCCGUUCCCUAGUACAGUUAUGCACUCCCCGCCACGAAGUAGCAAUAACAAUUGCGGCGCGCCAUCAGCUGACGCGUGGGCGGCAACCGGCCGGAAUGUAAACAUAGUGGAGCUGGUCAAUGAACCCGGCCAAACACAGCAAACGACGGAAAACAGUCGACGACCGAGCUAA